AAACUUCAUUAUUAUCCAAUAUUAUUUUCAUUAGCGAGGGGGAAAAGAUGGAUGUAUUCAGAGCACUUGGAAAUGAGUCACUGUUGUCCAACUCCUCUGGUCCUGCUCGAUGGGAUCCCUUCCACCGUCCCUUGGACUCCAUCCAGCCCUGGCACUUCAGGCUUGUGGCAGCAGUGAUGUUCGUGGUGACCUCCCUGUCUCUUGCUGAGAACCUGGCUGUGAUCCUGGUAACUUUUAAGUUCAAGCAGCUGAGACAACCUGUCAAUUACGUUAUAGUGAACUUAUCUGUGGCUGAUUUCCUGGUCUCGCUGACUGGUGGCACCAUUAGCUUUUUAGCCAAUCUAAAAGGCUACUUCUAUAUGGGGCACUGGGCUUGUGUACUGGAAGGAUUUGCUGUCACAUUUUUUGGCAUUGUGGCUCUCUGGUCUCUUGCUCUUUUGGCUUUUGAGCGGUAUGUCGUGAUCUGCCGCCCGCUGGGAAAUAUGCGCUUGAGAGGGAAGCAUGCUGCCCAAGGAAUUGCCUUUGUGUGGACCUUUUCCUUUGUUUGGACAAUUCCACCAACCAUGGGUUGGAGCAGCUACACCACCAGUAAGAUUGGAACUACUUGUGAGCCUAAUUGGUAUUCAGGAGCUUAUAAUGAUCGCUCCUACAUUAUUGCAUUCUUUACCACCUGUUUUAUAGUGCCUUUACUGGUAAUUUUGGUAUCCUAUGGGAAACUGCUGCAGAAGCUAACAAAGGUGUCAGAUACACAAGGCAGGUUGAAAACUGCCAGGAAACCUGAAAGACAAGUGACUAGAAUGGUGGUUGUUAUGAUCAUUGCUUUUCUGAUCUGCUGGAUGCCAUAUGCCACCUUUUCUAUCCUAGCCACUGCGUACCCUUCCGUUGAACUGGAUCCUCAUCUGGCAGCAAUUCCAGCUUUCUUUUCCAAAACGGCUACUGUUUAUAAUCCAGUUAUUUAUGUCUUUAUGAACAAACAGUUCAGGAAGUGUCUGAUACAGAUGUUCAGGUGUAGCGCCACAGAGUCUGCAGAGUCUAACAUGAACCCAACUUCAGAGAGAGCAACGCUCACCCAGGACAAAAGAGGCAGUCAGUUGUCUAUCAUGGCAGUACGAAGCACCAUUUCUUAGAGGAAAAAUGGAGAUGAACACAGAAAUUGCAAUUCUUUUGCUCAGUUGUCAGCUUCAGGAAACAAAAUCUGUCUCUUGUAAAAGGUAGAUAUGAUCAUUAAUGCAAUACAGCAGUGUGUUUCCUCGUUACCCCAUCACUUCAUACUAAAGAUGUCAUCGGGGCCAUUGUGCUCUGUUCCAUAGACACUAACUUUGAAAUUCUGAGCUCCCAAGUACAUAUCAGAGCUGCUUGACUGUGCAGUUGCAGUCAAAGACCAGCCAGAAAGCGAGUCCCUUUCUCAGCGUUUGUCUCAGCAAUCCUACUUGCCCCUUGGUGUAAAAGAAUGGAAGUCCAGCAUUAUUGUGCAUAAUACAGCAAAGAAAAGAGUUUCACAUUGAUGACUGCUCCUUAGUCAGCUGGGCAAAAACAUGAAGUGAUGCAUGACUUCAUUACACUAGUGGAAAACGAGUAAUAUUUAGCAUACAGUGACUCAAGUUCAACCACACAGAGAUUCAUGGAGUGACAGGCUUGAGUGCCUUUUGAUUUGUUUGGAAACUUUUACUGAAAAAGCAGAGGAAGCAUGAGGUCUCUGCACUUAUGUCUAUCCCAGAUGAGAACCUUGUUCAGGCCACUAAAUUUUCCAACAACGUGAAUGAGCCAUCCAUACUUCCAAGACUUUAAGAGCCAUUCAUAUUCUUUAUGUCCUCUGUGCCAAGAAAUCUGUACUAAUGGCAAGUUUUGAAAUAAAUCAACUGAUGCCAUCCUUUAGUGGGGGGGUGAAGAGGGUGACAAUCUUGUACCUAUUUGUCAAUUCUCUUUAUUAGAGAAAUUUAGUUGCAAGAUAUAGCAGAGUAUAAUACUUAAAGAGUAUGCUACUUAAAAUAACUAAUUUGUUUAAUUUUAUAUACGUGAUGCUCUUUGUUUUAAUGCCAGUCUAGGAAAAACAGAUAAAAUUCAGAUUAUUUUCUUAGUAGAAAGGUUGUUCAGAUUCCCUGAUUUCAUUUUAGAAAGGUUAGAUCUAAGAAUGGGAGUUACUCUACAAAUUACUUGAGCUGGCUGUGUGAGAAUUCAUUACAAGCCACCUGUGGUUCUGGUACUCAUUGAAUUUCAUUAGAUAGCUGGCUUUUACAAUAUAAUUUUAGUCUUCGUGAACUUGAAUUUUCACAGUGCUCAAUAUUAAACCCAAACUGUAAACCUCAUUAUGAAAGCUACAUCUUUGCACAGUUCCUGUUCUUUACCGCUAACUCCAUGUUAUCUACAUCAGAAAAGUCAAUACAUGUAUAAGGCUCUUAAUUUUUUUUUAAUAUUCUAAUACAGGAGGGUUAAGACACUGAGUUAUUAUUUGUAUGCGCACCUUUGUGUUCAUUAGUUUGUUUUUAAAAAAAGAAUCUUUGCAUUUAAGACUCACAUUUUCUCUUUCAAGCAUACUUUGAACUAGGUUAAUCACACAUUAAUAGUAGUAGACAUAUUAAAUCACGAGGAACUGGCAGUAGUGUUAAUAUUUAAUUAAAAGCAACAGAAGUAUUUUAUGUCCUGAGAAUUUGAGGAAAUGUAUAGUAUUUUUCUGUACAUAUGAAAGUAAAGCAUCAAAACUUAAGUAAUGGAAAAGAAAGGCACAACAUGAAGAUGCAUGGAAAACAUAGGAAAUAAGAAGUUAAAAUUAUUUUUGCAAUGUGAUUAUCAUCUGUAUGGGACUGUUAGGUCACAGUCUGAAGCAGUGAUUCAGAAUCUGGUGUUAGGACACAGCCAGUGCUGGCAGCACAGGUGGAAGCAAUUCACCUGUGAGACCAGUGGGGGUGGAUCCUUGCUCCACCUCUUCCCUAAUCUCAUUUAAAGGCUGGCAGCCAGAUGGGAAGGGUCUCUACUGGGAGAUUACCUCUGUUGGAGUGUUGGGUGAGCCCUGAUCCUUGGAGAGGGGUGUUUCCUUUAUUACUCAGUUGUGAUUGCUACCUUUCUUGGGUGAUCCAAAACCAGUUUAAGACAACUAUAUCUGCUGCUACCUAUCUUUACAUUAUCAUUAUUGCUUAUCUUUAUCAUCCUAAUACAAGUUACUCAUCAUGAAGUUGUGUAGGUGAGUCUUUUAGAAUAUUGCACCAAGGAGAAUGUGGUUUAUUUCUAUAAGUAAACUAUGACCAGCAGUUUGUAAUCAAGGCAAUGUCUCCACUAACACACUCAGUACAUAAAUAAAUAGUGUGAAGUUGGCUGUAGGUCACAUUUCCAUUGUGCACAGUGAAGUGGAUAGUCUGACAUGAGGCUUUGGGUUACUGCACUCAAAAGGGAAGAUAUUCAUAGAGCAACGUUAGGGCAAUGUUCACAUUUCAGCCACAGAGCAGGCAAACAACUUUGGCUAGUUGGUGAGGAAAAGAGAACUACAGUACAAAGGAAAAAGAACAGGAACUGUGAGAUUGUAUGAGACUAAACUAAAAGGUCAUGACACUGAGCCCUUCCUCCUUUUGGCUAGUCGUAAGCGCUAGAAAGAGAAGGCAAGAUUCCCUCCAGCUCAUAUGGAGGAGUCCAUAAUGUCUAACCACCUGAAUACCUCCAGUCAGAAAUCCUGAACUACUAUUGUACAAUUCUUACUUACAGUUUUUGUGAGCUUUUGUGAGAAUAUCUGUUCAAAGGAGAAACGAAUAUGGCUUCCCAGACCACAGGAGACAGUCUUGCUGUGGGUAAUAACAGGUUGAUUGGAGAAAAGAGGAGUAGCAGGCAUGGAAAAAUCUCAGGAGAGACGAUCAGAAAAACAGUUUAGGAUAUGGAAUGUUGAAAAUAAUUGUGAAACAUGCAGAACAGAGGCUGGCUGAAACAAAGGGUUAGGAAAUAUGGAGAUAUAUUAGAAGUAAAAGCCAAGAUUUGUAUACUCUUAGUGUUUGAACCCACGUGAGUGGAGGCUUAGGUUAUGCAGGAUAAAGAGGACAGCGAGAACAGGAGACAUUCUUGUGUCCUGAGCAGACAGGUCAAGCAGUGGAAUACUGAGGAAAAAAAGCAGGGUGUGAUGUUGGGAUGGAAAACAUUAACAGUACCACAAAAGGUAAGUGGAAAACAUAAUCUGGAACACUGGGUUUAUAGAUGUUACAGGCACUCGCUGAGAAGUAGGCUAUCAGGAUAGAAAAAAAGGUGAAAGUCUGACAGGAGAAAGUGGAAUCUGAGGCACAGAAGUAGGGCACGGUACAUGAAGUGCCACUAAUUUCCAGGAGAGUAAGAGAUGCAAGAUGGCGGUUGGGAGUGGUGGUGUUCCCCAGCAGCUUUCUGAAGAGAUCUAUUUUUUCAUUGACAAGGGAAGUAGCAAAGCAGAAGAAAUUGAAGCAAAGAAAGUGUGUAAGAGAAAUAGAAGCAAGCACUCAUUCAGUUCAUCAUGAAUUAAACAUUAAAAAUAGCUAAGCAAGAUCUAAAUGAUAUGCAAGGGCUCAUCAUCUACAGCUACAUUCCUUGUGUGAAGCUCUAUCUUGUGUUCAGAGUUUGCCUAAACAGUUAAUACCCAUUUCUGCAUGUAACCCAUGGCCUAGCUACCACUGGUAACAUUUGAUUGCACUCCUUUCACACCACUUCCUCUAGAACACUUAAAUAGUUUACAUUUACAGUUGUCUUAUAUCAUCUUAUCUCCCUGUUAGACAAACGCUUUGACGUGCAGCAUAGAUGUAAAAAUGUAGAUUGCAACAGAAUGAGGUGAAAAUUAGCUCUUCUAGGAAAACAGGAAAUUAAUAUUAGAAUCUAAUUAAUUCUUCUUUCAUGUGGAGAAUCAAUUAGACUUAAUAGGACAUGGAGGCAUCACAAAUGUUUUCUUUCCAUCAAGUGAAGCCUACACUGAACAACCACAAAUUAAUCAUUCUGGUGAAGCACAGUAUCAGCAGUUCUCAUUGUCCGUAACUCCCUUUUUUUUUUCCUUUCCCCACUUCCCUGCAAGUGUUUUUCUAUCAAGGGCAAGAUUUUGCUUGGUUUAUUAUUAUGAAAAUUCCCAUAACUGUGGGGAAAAAAUGCAUUUUCCUGAAGAAGGAAUUAAGUAUUACCAUCUGCGCAUGCAAACAAAUGUUUUUCGUAGAUGCCUACCACACAGUGCUCUAGCAUUAAUAUUCUGUAUCUUAAACAUGAUAUUUUAUCUACUGAAGGUUCCUAUCUUUGAUACAACAAGGAACAAUAGAAACUUUGGGAGUUUUCAUGUUAAAAUAUUCUCUGUAUCAUUUCAGAGGACACCUUUUUUUUCCCCCUUUCUGUUAACAUCUUGACAUAUAACUUAUGCUCCAAUGAAACAAUAUUAGCCUUGAUAGAAAGCAUUAUAAAGUUUGUAGAAGUUUUUCAAUGUAACAAUAACAAAAAAAAAAUACAGAUUUACAAUAAAAAUGGGAGCAUGGGGUGGUGUUAUUUGAUUGGUGUUUUUGGGGUUUUAUUUUUAGUAUAAUAGUCAUUAAGAGACACCAUAUGCAUUAGGUACAGGGCAUGAAGGUUUUACCAUAAAGGCUGUUUAAAUUACGCUGUGAAUGUUGUUAAUGAUCUUAACAAUUUCAUGACCGGAAUGUAUGAUUGCAGCUGCAAACAAUGUGCUCACAUGUUGUUUCGAUAAACUGCUUUUUAUGUCCUUGAAUUUUCAUUUUACCACCACAAGAAUGCAUAGAAAUUACAUCAAUUUCCUAGAUGAUGCUGUAAGAGAUGUUUUUAUUUUUCAACAUUAGCCAGUACAACACUAUACCAUUCUUCUGCUUUGUGAACACUUAUUAAAUUUUAAUUAUGCAACCUAGACAAAGUAACUGUCCUUCCUGUAAAUCUUUGAUGGUUUAGGGGAUAAUGACUUUUUGGUUUUAGUUAAAUGUAUCAGCAAUAAUCCAUUGAUUUGUUUAUAAUGGAACUAGCACUUUUAUUUUUUUGGAAUAUAAAAUACGGCUGUAGUGAGAGCUACUAUUUUGCACUGAAGUGAUACUGGCUCCUUUGGGUUGUCUGCAAGAAACGCACCAAUGCUGAAGAUUGGCUAACUGCUAGUUACUGAAUAAAGAAUGGAAAUUAGAAAAAAUAAAAAUAAAAAAUCCAUGCCCUUCCUGAUUCUGGGAACCUACCUGUGGAAAAAAGGAAUCUUCUCAGUGUAGAUCAUGGCAUACUGUCCAGGUUUUGUCCAUGGUAAGAUUUGCCCUUCCAAGAGUACAGUAAUCAACCCUUCUUUGGUACAAGGUUGAACUUUCUAGUUUGCACAUCAAGAUCCACUGAGACCGUUAAACUCUUUAAUAUUUCCAUGGGAGUGAGCUCUCACAAACGUUACAUCCAGUAGGUGUUGUUAAAGGCCGUGUGUGGUAACAUCACUGUAUGUGCCCAAGCUAUGGCGUGUGCUCACAUAUGGAUGUCUACUGCCAAGGUCUGUACUUAAACUCUGCCUAGAUUCUGCUUCAGUUCCUCUUCUUGCUACACUGUCUUCUGCAGUGGCUGCCCACAACUUUGCAUUUAUAGUUACGCCAGCACUUCAGCGUGAAAGAAUUCUGUUCUUAUGCCCAAGUAAUGAAAGUAAGCUGGCUGAUUUUAAUACAGAAGAAAAAAAACUUCUAAAAUGAGAAUUUAAAAUGGGCACUUCACACUUCAGGAUCAGUAACACUGUCAGAAGCAUUUUCAUGGACAAAACAGAGCAGUUCAGAGAGGGACUAUCCAUGUUAUUUUCCAUAGCUCAAAUCUAGACAUGGUUUGAAAAGUGUUUUAAAGCAUCAUCAGACCUCACUGCCAACUAGCAGGUUGAGUGAGCACCUAGCAACUGGAUGUGUUGGUGCUCUUCAAAGUAGUUGUCAUAGCCUUGCUCUGACAAGACACAACAUGAACUCUAGCCUGAAGAUAUACUACUGAUGUUCAAAGAUACAAAUAUCUUAACAUACAAAUUUUAUUUCCUCUAAAAUCACAUGCAACUGUGCGGAGCAGUGCUAGAGGAGGUACUGCUCAAAGUGAAAGGGCAUGGAGCAGCUCAAGGAUUCCUAUAAAUGACCAGCUCUACAAAACAGUCAUCAUAAGCAGGAUCAUUCAAGCAUAGCUCUGCAAGUAGAGGAAAUAGAUAGAGGAAAUAGAAAUCAACCUAAUUAUCAUAUGAUGCGACUAGACAGGUAGUUAAUGCUUUUGCAAAUAUACUUACCCUUUUUUCAAAAAAAUGCACUUAACUACAUCAGUUUCCACUUUCAAGUAACCAGACUUUGUCCUUGCUCUCUAUUGUCAAAGGAAAAAAAGCAUGAAGCAAUCAAAUCAACUUGGAUAAAUCCAUAUCUCCCUGCUCCCAGCUCUAGUUGCAUCAUUAAUUCCUGCUUUUAAUUUUCCCUUUCUUCUCUUCCGUUUACUGUUUCUCCAGGUUCAGACCAAAACCCCCAAUAAAAAACUUCUGUUUUCUGUUCUCCUUCAGCUUGUUCUUACCUGAAAAUCCAUUACUCCAGACAAGGGAGAUCUUUCCUCACCACAAAUACACUGGUAAAGGAAGGAAGGCUUUGAUAGUGAGAUGGGGUGACUUGUCCAAGCCUAAGUAGUUUCAGCAUUCCGCUGUGCUUUGAGUCUCCAUAUUUCCUGUCAUUGUUCCAGCCUGAUUGUUCCUACAGAUACUUGCAGUGCAGGCAAGUUUGUUCUCAGUCCAGCUAGAAGAAUAAAAUACACACUCAUCGGCUAAAACCUUUUCUUUUUAAUUUUGACCUCAGAAAAAUGAUUAUCUGAGAGAACAUGCUGAUGUUCGUGGUUCUGAAUUCUCAUCUCAAUUACUGAGAAUUAUAAUCUGUAACUGAUUAGUGAACAUUCCUAGAAAAUUUAUAGUAAUGUCCUUUAUUAUAAUGCUCUGUAUUAUAAAUUGUACUAUUUUUUCUCUUUA